GGGACCUACUCAUUAGAAAAGAUGGCAGGCGUGUUUUCGUAUGAAAGCUCGGAGGUUGACUGGUGUGAGGAUAACUACAAGCACUCAGAAAAUAUUGUGGAAUUCUUCAACACGAUGAGCAGCUUUGUCUUCUUUGUGAUCUCCCCCAUUAUGCUGUAUCUGUUGCACCCAUAUGCCAAGGAGAGGAACUUGGCAGUGCAUCUGGUUUGGAUCAUGAUGAUCUUUGUAGGAAUCUUCUCCUUAUAUUUCCACAUGACUUUGAGUUUCAUGGGUCAGAUGCUGGAUGAGUUGUCUAUCUUGUGGGUACUGGCUAUUGGCUACUCACUCUGGUUUCCACGCAGGCAUUUUCCCUCUUUCAUCAAGGACAGGAAAUCCUUCUCACGCCUGGUCUUCAUCAUCACCGUUGUUACCACCAUCUCCUCGUUUGUCAAACCAACAGCUAACGCCUAUGCACUCAAUCUCUUUGCUAUUCACAUUCUCUAUUCCCUUUGUAUGGAACUGAAGAGUUGCACAGAUCAGAAGGUUCUGAGGCUGGCCCAUGCGUCAGUAGGACUUUGGGUCCUCGCUAUCUCUUGCUGGAUCAGUGACCGUUUUACCUGCAGUUUCUGGCAGAGGAUCAACUUCUGUUAUCUUCACGCCAUCUGGCACAUCCUAAUCGUGGUGGCCACGGCGUACGGCAGCACUCUCGUCGCUUACCUGGACGCCAGUCUCGAGAUUCCGUACUCUCUGCCUGACCUGCAGUACUGGCCGCGCGACAACUGGGGGAUGGGAAUUCCAUACAUCGUCCUUAAAGGCACAACAAAGACGCGGAAGAGGUGUUAG